CCCUCCGCGCCGGCCCGGCCGGAUCUAGCCGAGGGGGCGGGGAUGCCGGCAGAGCCCCGGCGGCGCGGCGGAGGGAUUCCGUCCGCGCCGAUAAGGGGGUCUCGCCGCGGGGCUCCUCCGUCGGGCGGGGGAGGAGGGGAGAGGGGACUAUUUCCCCCGGAGGCGCAGGGAUCUCGGCGGGGAGGGGUUCUGCGGCCGUUGGUGGCGCUACGGCCAGCGGUGAGGCGCGGGAGAGGUGCCGGGCCGCCACGGCCGCAGCCAAGGGACCGUGUGGGCGAGACGGGGGUGUGGGGGAGGUCAGGUCCCGGCUGUGGGGCAGCGUCCGGAAUAUGGUGGGAAAAUAUCGUCAAGAUUCUUCCUGCCCUGGGAAUAUUACGGUCUUUGAAGAACUGUUUUUGUGACAGCUUUUGGCAGCUGACCAUCAAAAAAUCCACAGAGGACAGCAAUGUAACCAACGCAUUCAGAAGGUAUGACUCGGGCCAGUCUAAAGAUUCUUUUCAUGGUUCUGCCAGUUUUUCAUUCUUGGAGCUUAUGCAUUUGUUCUUAAAACUUAAUUCCCAAAGUCAUAGUUUCAGGGGGAAAGGUUGUGUUUUGGCAGGAGGGGAGGGAUUGCUGGAGUUCAAAGUGGAUUGCAACAGAGAGAAAAGGAAUUGAGGAAUGGAGAGGUUGCAAACAAGGAAGGUGAAGCAGUUGCUUCUUUUUAACAGAGUUACUAAAAGGCUUUAGUAGAAAUAGAAGCUCAAAGGGAAACAGCUUUCGCUAUCCAUGAAUUAACUGACCUUCAAACCCAUGUGGCUUCAGAGGUUGCUCCAUGCAGGUUUGGGGCCUCUUGCAAUCAUCUUUGUUAGAACAGGUUCUUGGAAUUCAUUGCUUAAAAUCAGGCUCUUAGACUGUGGACUCCUGCAAUUCAUUAUGAUUACCUUGUAGUGAGGGAUAAUGAUAGUAUUGACCGUUGAGUGGUGAACUAUGGGAAAGCAAAGACUGUUCAGAACAGAAUAAUUUCCUAUAGCACUAGAUGGUUUCAUAUGCCUAUAUUACUGUAGAAUCAUUUAGAUUGGUGAAUACUCUUAAGAUCAUCAAGUCUAACUGUUAACGUGACACUUACCAAGUCCACCACUAAACCAUGUCCCUAAGUGCCACA